AUGUCUCCACUUCUGAAAUGUAUCUUCGACAUCACUGAAACUUUCAAUCAAUAUGCCUCACAUGACUGUGACGGAGCAGCAUUAAGCAAGAAAGACCUGAAGAAUCUCCUUGAAAGGGAAUUUGGAGAUGUCCUUCGGAGACCGCACGACCCCGAGACGGUGGACCUGACCCUGCAACUUCUGGACCGGGACUGUAACGGGCUAGUCGAUUUCAACGAGUUCCUCCUGUUCAUUUUCAAGGUCGCUCAAGCUUGUUACUACGCUCUCGGCCAGGCCGCUGGGCUGGAGGAGCCGGGGGCCAAGGGCGAGGGCAAGGGGACCCCGUCACAGAGCCGCAGGCGAGAAGACCAAAGGCGAGUCGAGGCUCGGGACCGGCAACUGGAAGAACGCAGGCAGGCCAGGCGGGCACGGGAAACGGAGUCCGCCCAGGAAGAGCAGGAGGAGGCACGGAGGGAGCAGCUGGACCUGCAGCGCGGAGCGGUGGAGCCGCGCUGGGAAAGGCGCCAACGCCGAGAGCGCGCGGAGGAGGAGGAGGAGGAGGAACUGCAGCAGCAGCAGAGGCGCAGAGCCUGGGAGCGCGACGAGCAACGGCGAGAGACCCCCGCGCAGCGGGAGCGGCGCGAACGCCUGGAGGAAGAGCAACAGGCGCGCCUGAGCCGAGUCCAGGAGGAGGAGCAGCAGCAGGAGGAGGAGGAGGAGCAGCCCGAGCGCUGGGCCAGCAAGGGAGGGCGCCGGGAGGAAGAGCGGCGGCAGCGGGAGCGCGAGCUCGAGGAACUGCACUCGGAGCGGGAGCAGGAGCGCAGGCGCGCGCAGGAGCCACGAGAGCAGCAGCUGAGGCGCCGGGAGGAGGAGGAGAGGCGCGAGCGGGAGCUGAGGCGCGAGCUCGAGGAGGAGAGGCGCAAGGGAGAAGAGAGACGCGAGCUGGAACUGAGGCGCCAGGAGCAGAGGCGCGAGCAAGAACUGAGGCGCCAGGAAGAGAGUCUCGAGCAAGAACUGAGGCGCGAGCAGGAGCUGAGGCGCGAGCAAGAACUGAGGCGCGAGCAGGAGCUGAGGCGCGAGCAAGAACUGAGGCGCGAGCAGGAGCUGAGGCGCCAGGAGCAGAGGCGCGAGCAAGAGCUGAGGCGCGAGCAAGAGCUGAGGCGCCAGGAAGAGAGUCUCGAGCAAGAACUGAGGCGCCAGGAGCAGAGGCGCGAGCAAGAACUGAGGCGCGAGCAAGAGCUGAGGCGCCAGGAAGAGAGUCUCGAGCAAGAACUGAGGCGCCAGGAGCAGAGGCGCGAGCAAGAGCUGAGGCGCGAGCAAGAACUGAGGCGCGAGCAAGAGCUGAGGCGCCAGGAAGAGAGUCUCGAGCAAGAACUGAGGCGCCAGGAGCAGAGGCGCGAGCAAGAACUGAGGCGCCAGGAAGAGAGUCUCGAGCAAGAACUGAGGCGCCAGGAAGAGAGUCUCGAGCAAGAACUGAGGCGCCAGGAGCAGAGGCGCGAGCAAGAACUGAGGCGCGAGCAAGAGCUGAGGCGCGAACUCGAGGAGGAGCCGCGCGCGCAGGAGCCGAGGCGCCAGGAAGAGCGACGCGAAGCCGAGCUGAGGCGCGAGCAAGAACUGAGGCGCGAACUGGAAGAAGCGAGACGCGAACGCGAACCCGGACGCCGAGAGGAGAGGCGGGAGCAGGAGCUGAGGCGCGAGGAGGUGCAGAGGCGCCAGGAGCGGAGAGGCGAGCAAGAACUGAGGCGCCGCCGGGAGGAAGAGAGCCGGGAACUGGAGCCAGAGCUGAGGCGCCGGGAGGAGGAGAGACGCGCGGAGGAGCUGAGGGGCGAACAGGAACUGAGGCGCGAGCAGGAGCUGAGGCGCGGGCUCCCGGAGGAGGAGGUGGAGCGGGAGCGGGCCCGCGAGCUCGGCGGCGAGGGAACUGCCCCGAGGUGGCAGUGGCAGCUGGAGAGCGAAGUCGAGGCGCGCCAGAGCAAAGUCUACUCCCGGCCCCGCCGUCAGGAGGAGCAACGGCUGCGCGAGCGCGAGCAACGGCUGCGCGAGCUGGAGGAGCGGGCGCGCCAGCGGGACGCAGAGGAGCCGCGCCGCCCCUUCAGGUGGCAGUGGGAGGCCGAGGAGGAGAGCCAGCGCCGCCGCCAGAGGCUGUCCGCCCGCCCGCAGUCGCAGCGGCAGCUGAGGGCCGAGGAACGGCUGGAGCGGGAACUGCAUCUGGAGGAAGAGGAACAGCGCCGGCAGCGCCUAGAGAGGGAGCGGGAGCGGCAGUUCCUUGAGGAAGAGCAGCAGCUCCAGCGCUUGGAGCGCGCCCGACAGCUCCGGGAGGAGGAGGAGGAGGAGGAGGAGGAGCGGCUCCAGCGUUUGGAGCGCGCCCGACAGCUCCUGGAGGAGGAGGAACGACUCCAAGAGGAAAGGGAGAGAAAGCGACGUCAGGAGGAGCAGCGGGGCGACCAGAAAUUGAGGUGGCAGCUGGAGGAGGAAAGCCAGAGACGACGCCAAGCGCUCCACGCCAAGCCGGCCCGACGGGAGCUGCUGCAGCGUGAGGAGGAGCUGCUGCAGCGCGAGAGGAGGCGCCUGGAGCGCGAGAGGCAGUAUCGGGAAGAGGAACUGCAGCAAGAGGAAGAAGUGCAGAGAGAGGAACGCGAGAGAAGGCGUCAGGAGAGGGAGCGACAACUAGAGGAGGAGCUGCAGCGUCGCGACAGCCAGCGACUGUUCAGGGAGGCGGAGAAGAGUGAUCUGAAAUGGCAGUGGCAGCCCGAAAAAGAAAAAGAAGCUCGUGACAACAGGCUCUACUCCAAACCCAGAGAGAAUGAAGAGACCAUCCGGCAGUUGGAGGAUUUGCAGGCGCGGGAAAGACAGUUCCUGCAGGAUGAACAGGAGUAUGAGAGAGAGCGAGAGGAACAGCGGAGAGACAGGAAGUUCCAAGAGGAACAACUGCUGAGAGAGGAACGAGAAGAGAGAAAACGUCGCCAGGAAGACAGACAGUUCCUCGAGGAAGAACAGGAACUGCGACGGGAAAGAGAACAGCAGCUCCGCAGCCAGGAGCGCGACAGGCAGUUCCUCCGGAAAGAGCAACAGAUGAGAGAGGAGCAGGAAGAGCAGCAGCAGCUGCGCCGCGAGCAACAGUUUAGAAAGACCGAUCAAGAGGAACAAAUUCAGGAGCGGGAGGAACAGCAGCUGCGCCGCCGGGAGCGCGACAGGAAGUUUCGCGAGGAGGAGCGGGAACUGCAACGGGAAAGGGAGCAGCAGCUGCGCCGCCAGGAGCGCGACAGACAGUUCCUCGAGCGGGAACAACUUCAGGAACGGGAGGAACAGCAGCGGCGACAGGAACGGGAAGAGCAGCAGCUUCGCCAGGAGCGCGACAGGGAGUUUCGUGAGGAGGAGCGGGAACUGCAACGGGAAAGGGAACAGCAGCUGCGCCGCCAAGAACGCGAGCAACAGCUUCGCCAGGAGCGCGAGAGAAAGUUUCGUGAAGCGGAACAAGUUCAGGAGCGGGAAGAACAGCAGCUGCGCCGCCAGGAGCGCGACACAGAGUUCAGAGAAGAGGAACAGCAGCUGCGCCGCCAGGAGCGCGAGCAACAGCUUCGCCAGGAGCGCGACAGAAGGUACAGAGAAGAAGAGCAGCAGCUGCAAGAGGAACAGCAGCUGCGCCGCCAGGAGCGCGAGCAACAGCUUCGCCAGGAGCGCGACAGAAGGUUCCGGGAGGAACAGCAACUGCAGCGGGAACGGGAAGAGCAGCAGCUGCGCCGCCAGGAGCGUGACACAGAGUCUCGUGAAGAGGAACAAGUUCGGGAGCGGGAAGAACAGCAGCUGCGCCGCCAGGAGCGCGACAGAAGGUUCAGAGAAGAGGAACAGCAGCUGCGCCGCCAGGAGCGCGAGCAACAGCUUCGCCAGGAGCGCGACAGAAGGUUCCGGGAAGAACAGCAACUGCAACGGGAACGGGAAGAGCAGCAGCUGCGCCGCCAGGAGCGUGACACAGAGUCUCGUGAAGAGGAACAAGUUCGGGAGCGGGAAGAACAGCAGCUGCGCCGCCAGGAGCGCGACAGAAGGUUCAGAGAAGAGGAACAGCAGCUGCGCCGCCAGGAGCGCGAGCAACAGCUUCGCCAGGAGCGCGACAGAAGGUUCCGGGAGGAACAGCAACUGCAGCGGGAACGGGAAGAGCAGCAGCUGCGCCGCCAAGAACGCGAGCAGCAACUUAGUGGGGUUCGCGACAGGAAGUCCCUCGAGGAGGAGCAACUUCUUCAGGAACUCGAAGAGCAGCAGGGGCGCCGCGAGGAGCGUGACAGGAGAUUCCGUGAAGAGAAACUGCAACUACGAGAGGAGCGAGAACAGCAGCUGCGCCGCCAGGAGAUGCAGCGAGAGGAGCAGGGUCUGAGGCGCAGGCAGGAACAGGAGCAGCAGUACGAGGCAGAGAAGCAGUUUGGCAGGGAGAGAGGGCGCCGACAGGAGCAGGAACUGCUGCAAGAGCAGAGGGGCCGCCUGGAACGCGAGAGGAAAUUCAGGGAAGAAGAACUUCGCCAGGAGCAGGAGGUGGAGCAGAGGCGCCGCCAAGAGCGAGAGCAAAGCCGUGGCCAACUCCAGGAUAGAAGGGCGCAGGAAGACAAGAGCCUCAGGCAGGAUCUGGAACCCGGCAAGCGUCAGUUUGUCAGUGUCCCUGUGCGUUCCAGCCCUCUCUAUGAGUACAUCCAAGAGCAAAGAUCUCAAUACCGCCCCUAACAAAUGUUGUCAAUUAUCCUGACACCUGCCAAAGCUUCGAGCGAAGAAAAAUGGGAAACACUGAGUACCGAAUG